CCAGUGGCUCAGUGGAUAAGAAUCCAGCUGCCAGUGCAAGAGACAUGGGUUCAAUCCCUGAUCCAGGAAGAUCCCACAUGCUGCAGAGCAGAUCCUGAGCCUCAGCCGUCACAGGGCCCUGAGCCUUUCCCUGGCAUCUGACUUAAUCCCCCUCCAGGGCUGGACCUUUCUUGGGUGGAUCCUCAGUGAAGACCCCUGCCAUACCGGUGACCAGUAAGACCAGAACGACUACCACAUGAUCGUCCUCAGGCCCCGGGCUCCCCGACCAUUAUGGGCUGCUGCCUCCGACAGCUGCAGCUGUUCUCCACCUGCAUGGCCUUCUCUCUGGGGGCCAGCGUGGGCACCUGGAAGGGGGCCAUAGGUAACUGGUCCAUGUUCAUCUGGUGCUUCUGCUUCGUCCUGACCCUCCUCAUCCUCAUAGUUGAGUUAUGUGGGCUGGAGGGCCACUUCCCAUUCUCCUGGGACAAUUUUCUCAUCACCUGCAACUGCUACUCCGCCCUCCUCUGCCUCUCAGCCUCCAUCAUCUACCCCAUCAUCUACGUUCAGCUCUUGUCCAACAGCCACGACUGGGACCGCACCAUCAUCUCCACUGCAUUCUCCUGCAUCGCCUUUGUGGCUUAUGCCAUGGAUGUGACCUGGACUAGGGCCCAGCCCAACAUGAUCACAGGCUAUAUGGCCACUGUGCCAGGCCUUCUUAAGGGGCUGGAGACCAUCGUGGCCUGUGUCAUCUUUGUCUUCCUCAGCAACACCUCCCUGUACCUGCACCAGCCGGCCCUGGAGUGGUGUGUGGCUGUGUACUCCAUUUGCUUCAUCUUGUCAUCCGUGGCCAUCCUGCUGAACCUGGGCAAAUGUGACAACAGGCUGUCCAUCCCCUUCUCCAUUUUCCAGCUUGUGCUGACCCUGCUUUCCGUCCUCCUCUACACCACUGCUCUGCUCCUCUGGCCACUCUACCAGUUCAACGAGGAGUUGGGCAGGCAGCCCCAGCGGUCCAGUGAUGUGAACUGCAGCAGUGGACUCCCCACCUCUGUGUGCACCUGGGACCAACAAUUGGCUGUGGUUAGUUUGACAGCCAUCAACCUGCUGAUUUAUGUGACUGACCUGGUGUUCUCUGCCCGCCUGAAUUUUAACAGCAGCUGAGGCUUUGCCCAAGGGCUCCCAGUUCCUCCCUUGUCUCACCUGAAGUUCAUUACCAAGCUCUGAUGUCCUCUUUCUGGCUCUCCGCUCUCCCUUCUCACAUCCUUCUGCAUUC